CCCCCAUCCCAAAGCCAUGUGUGUGUUUGCUUAUGCUUUUCUUACAGCUUCUGUACACCUCGUUUUGCCUUUCUGCCUCCUUUAAGACCUGGCUGGAACAGAGAUAAAGUGGACAAGUGGAAAGCAAGUUCUGCAAAUGGGAGGAGUAAGAGAUGUGUGCAAAUUCUGGGAAUCCACCUCAUCCCUUACUCCACCUCUUCCCGCUACCUCACCGUGCCCGCCCCCAGCUCCAACUGCUCCCUUAAACCUCUGCUGCUCUGCACUGGGGCCAAAGCUGGCAUCCCAUAAAGGUGCUGCCUCGUCUGCUGGGGUGAACACUUUUGGCUGCUGACAGUACAGCUGUCACCCAGCAAGAUGGGGCCAAAGCUGGGCAGAUGGGCACCUCUGGGGUAUCUCUUCUUCCUGCUCUUCUCCACCAGCAUGGCGUACGUUGCUACCAGAGAAAACUGCUGCAUAUUAGAUGACCGAUUUGGUAGCUACUGCCCCACAACUUGUGGCAUUGCAGAUUUCUUUAACAAAUAUCGUCUCACUACGGAUGGUGAACUGCUAGAAAUUGAGAGACUUCUGCAGCAAGCUACGAACUCCACAGGAUCAAUAGAAUAUUUGAUUCAACACAUCAAAACCGUCUAUCCUUCAGAGAAGCAGACACUACCACAAUCAGUUGAGAGUUUGACUCAAAAGUCCAAGAAAAUAAUUGAAGAAAUUAUCAGAUAUGAAAACACUAUUUUGGCUCAUGAAAAUACUAUACAACAGUUGACAGAUAUGCAUAUAAUGAACAGCAACAAGAUCACACAAUUGAAACAGAAGAUUGCUCAGCUUGAGUCACACUGCCAGGAACCAUGCAGAGAUACUGCUGAAAUACAGGAGACAACUGGAAGAGAUUGUCAAGACAUUGCAAAUAAAGGUGCCAGACAAAGUGGUCUUUACUUCAUCAAGCCUCAAAAAGCUAAGCAGUCAUUCCUAGUCUACUGUGAGAUUGACACAUAUGGAAACGGCUGGACGGUAUUACAGAGGAGAUUGGAUGGGAGUGAGGACUUCCGGAGAAACUGGGUUCAAUACAAGGAAGGAUUUGGACAUCUGUCUCCAGAUGACACCACAGAAUUUUGGCUGGGCAAUGAAAAGAUUCAUUUAAUAACUACACAGUCCACUCUGCCAUAUGCCUUGCGAAUAGAACUGGAGGACUGGUCUGGCAAAAAAGGCACUGCUGACUAUGCGGUAUUCAAAGUGGGAACUGAAGAAGACAAGUACAGACUGACCUAUGCCUACUUUAUUGGUGGCGAAGCUGGAGAUGCCUUUGAUGGCUUUGAUUUUGGAAAUGAUCCAAGCGACAAAUCUUAUACCUACCAUAAUGGCAUGCGCUUCAGCACCUAUGAUAAUGAUAAUGACAACUUUGAGGGCAACUGUGCUGAGCAAGAUGGAUCUGGAUGGUGGAUGAAUAGAUGCCAUGCCGGUCACCUCAAUGGACAAUAUUAUAUAGAUGGUGUGUACUCAUCUAGAGAUGCUGGUUCAGAUUCAUAUGACAAUGGCAUUAUCUGGGCAACAUGGCGUGACCGAUGGUACUCCAUGAAGAAAACUACAAUGAAAAUCAUCCCAUUCAACAGACUCUCAAUAGAUGGACAGCAGCACUCAGGAGGCGCAAAACAGGUUGGAGACUCAUAAAGAAACAAUUUAAUAAAGACUGAUCUGAAUGGAGAAAAUAAAUAUUUUAUCUGUGAGGGACUGAACUUAUCCCACCUUCCACAGUUUGGACAUCAGUGUUGUGAAAUGCCAUUGAGUAUAAAAUGCCCAACGGUUUUCCUUGAGCACUGCUGACCUCUGUACAUGGUUAUUUUUUCUGUACACAUUCCCAAUAAAUUUUUGAUUAUUACAGAAAAGCUGAGCUUGCUAUAUGUGAUCUACUGUUGGCCAAACACAACACAGUAAACACUGUGACUGUUGGAAGGUUAAUCUGAUCAAAUCUGUGUGGUCCAGUUAUUCCUGCUCUUUAUUUAGAAGAGUGUGUUGGAGAUAUUUCUCCAUAAAACAUGGCUAGCUUUCAACAGUCUUCACUUUGUUUUCUGAUGAAAUUGUCAAUUUGUGACAUAGUUCAAAGCACACAGCAACUUGAAAAGGAUCUAGUUUACUGCUAAAGCCACUUAAACAAACAUACCACAGGUUAGGAAGUAUACUACCAAUGACAAAGAUAUUUUACUCCAGAGCAUGUGUAUUAACAGGUUUUCCAGAUAUUAUUCAAAAUAAAAGUUUGUUUUUCUAUAUAGCACAUAGUACAAGGAUUAUACCUGAAUACCACACUCAUUAACUUAUUACUCUAAUGUUUUCAGCCCCAAAAUAAUAAAAC